AUGCCCAAGGCAGUCCAUGGCGUGUUGAUCACGUGCGAUCCGUCGAUCAAGUCCAUCAUUGUUGACAUCAACAACACGCGCAAUGACAUUAUUGUUGAGGAUAUCGAUGACACUCACCUGCUGAUCAAAGAAUCCAUGGUUGAUAUGCUCAAACGAUUGUUGGAUCAGAAGCUUUCAGAGACCCAAAACGAUCAGGCUGAUGAGAGCUCCGGGUCAGAGUCUGACAAGCAGGCCCGUCCGGCUAAAAAGGAGUUCUGGGCAAAGAAACGAAAAGCAGCUUAG